UUCAGUCGAUUUCUGAUCAGAGACAUGAAAAGUGCUUUAAAUACAUUGCUAGUUCUGCUCGUUGCCCUAAGGGUGUAUGCUGAACCACCGAGGGCUUUGAGCAGCUUGUGUUCUUAUUUGAAUGACGGAAAAGAAUCGGUUUCAAAUCUAGGCACCACCAAGAAAUGCUUUGCUCGCUAUAUGCCGGAAUUGGAGAACGAAGGAGCCAGUUGGUCGCAGGGCUACAGUGGCUGCCAAAAGAGUGCCACCAAUGAACGACAGUCACUGCUAUCGAGGGUCAGUGAUGCUCAGGAAAAGAUUCGUAAGGCUGCCUUGGGACUAAAUUCCUUUAUAGAACGGUGCAUGGCGAUUAGCGAGGCUGUGGAUUUUUUCAAUUGUUUCGCCAAGAUGUCCAAAGAGCACUUGACCACGGUGUACAGCAUUUCCUUCAGUUCCUCCGAGGAGGCUGUGAUUUUAAAUCAAAAACUAAGUUAUAUUCAAGUUGAACAUUAUCUUUGCACAAAUCGCACUGAAUACAAUUAUAUCAAAACCACUGAUCAGAUAUUUCAAUCCUUGGACCAAUGUCUGCAACAAAAUGAAAGUCAUUAAAUAUUUAUAAUAUUA